GUCAGCUGACCAGCUGGGAGGCUGGUCUUGCUCACGUGAGGCGCUCCAGCAUCAGCUGACCCAGCUCCUGGAGGAAGAGAGGAGGAAAAGGAGGAGAAAGAGGCUGGGCUGGGGGCAUCUCUGGGGCAUCGAUCCAGCGCCCAGCCUGCAACAUGAGGUUCCGGUUCUGUGGUGACCUGGACUGUCCAGAUUGGGUCCUAGCAGAGAUCAGCACGUUGGCCAAGAUCUCUUCUGUCAAACUGAAGCUGAUCUGCAGCCAGGUUCUGAAAGACCUCCUGGGCCAGGGGAUUGACUUCGAGAAAAUCCUAAAACUUACGGCAGAUGCCAAGUUUGAGUCUGGUGAUGUCAAGGCCACGGUCGCGGUGCUCAGCUUCAUCCUCUCCAGUGCAGCCAAACACAACGUGGACAGUGAGUCCCUCUCCAGUGAGCUGCAGCAGCUGGGGCUACCCAAAGAACAUGCAUCAGGAUUGUGCCGGUCCUAUGAAGAGAAGCAGGGCCCCCUCCAGGAGAGCUUGAGGGGCAGCAGCCUAAGGUUGAGCAGACUGGAUGGUGUUGGCUGGCGCGUGGACUACACAGUGAGUUCCAGCCAGCUCUGCCACGUUCAUGAGCCAGAGGUGCACCUGAGGCUGGAUAUUCGGCGUGACGCAGUUGGUCCAGCAGAGCCCAUCGCCAUGACACUGUCGGUGAAGAAGUUCCAAGUUCUGUUGGCAGAACUCAAACAAGCACAAGCGUUGAUGGGUUCUCUGGGCUGAGAGCCAUCAGAUAGCAAGAAAAGGAAGCCAAGGAAUGAGGCUGGCUCAGCUCAGACCUGAACCUCACCUGCCAGACUCUCCUCAGUGUUUGGGCUGAUGCCCCUUCCCUCUGUCUACAGCAUGCAUUCAGUCUCUCCUCCAGGCCUGGGUGUGGUUGGCUCUCAUCCUCAAGGCAGCUCAGCCCCCAGGAGCUCAGCAAAAGGACCUGAUUGGGUUGGGGACCCCCUAAGGUGCCUUCCUGAUAUCCACCCCCACCACCGCCUAGCCCCACUUUUGUACCUUUUUACUGAAGGGUGGAAGGAAUAAAUGUUGUCAUUGACGCUG